GCGAGAUAUCAUUUGGAAGGUGAAACUGUUCAAUCCUAAUUCCUACGGUUGACAUUCGACGACGUGACUGCCGUCCUCUGGUGUCUUUACGGUCACAAUAGAUUCGGAAACAGCUCAACGAUUCCCCGUCUGCUCCGUCUGCUUAUGUCGCAUUGUUAUUAAUUUGAAGAGAAUAAAAGCCGGGUCUAGUCAUUACUUGAGCAGAGAUGAUGCAGCGAGAGGAUUCUGAUGGGAAUAGUUACAUCUUCAAUGAGGAGGAUCUGCCUUACGAGGAGGAAAUCCUGCGGAAUCCUUACUCUGUUAAGCACUGGCAACGCUACAUUGAUCACUUGAAGAGCACGAAGAGCAUUAACCUCAAUAUUGUCUAUGAACGAGCCUUGAAGGAGCUGCCGGGAAGCUACAAGCUGUGGUAUAACUACUUGCGUCAGAGGGUAAAACAGCUGAAGGGACGCUGCGUGACAGACCCGCUCUACGAGGAUGUAAACAAUGCUUUUGAACGAGCACUUGUAUUCAUGCACAAAAUGCCUCGAAUCUGGAUGGACUAUUGCACCCUGAUGACCGAUCAGUGUUACAUCACGAGGACCCGUCAGGUAUUCGAUCGCUCGCUUCGGGCUCUUCCCAUCACGCAGCAUCAUCGUGUCUGGCCACUUUACAUUGGCUUCCUCAAGAAACACAAUGUAUAUGAAACAGCUGUACGCGUCUUCAGGAGAUAUCUGAAGUUAGCUCCAGAAGAUGCAGAGGAAUACAUAGAGUAUUUGAUAUCGACGGGAAGACUGGACGAAGCUGCGCUCAAAUUAGCCCAAAUCGUAAACCAGGACGACUUUGUGUCAAAGCAUGGUAAAUCGAACCACCAGCUGUGGAACGAGCUCUGCGACCUUAUAUCAAAGAAUCCUACCAAAAUAAAAUCCUUGAACGUUGAUGCAAUAAUCAGAGGUGGAUUGAGGCGAUAUACUGAUCAGUUGGGUCCACUGUGGAAUUCAUUGGCUGAUUAUUACGUUCGUAGUGGCCUUUUUGAGCGCGCCAGAGAUAUCUACGAAGAAGCAAUUCAGACAGUUUCCACUGUCAGGGACUUUACCCAAGUGUUUGAUGCGUAUGCCCAGUUUGAGGAACUCAGCCUCAGCAAGAGGAUGGAGGAUGCUGCCAAAAAUCCCAAUCCAACCGAAGAAGAUGACAUUGAACUCGAACUUCGAUUAGCAAGAUUUGAACACCUCAUGGAGAGAAGACUGUUGCUGCUGAACAGUGUGUUGCUUAGGCAAAAUCCGCACAACGUUCAAGAAUGGCACAAACGAGUCAUGCUCUAUGAGGGGCAACCUCAUGAGAUAAUCAACACGUAUACAGAGGCUGUUCAAACGGUGUUGCCGCAACAGGCAGUUGGCAAGUUGCACACACUGUGGGUUGCGUUUGCCAAAUUCUAUGAAGAGAAUGGACAGAUCGCAGAUGCCAGAGUUGUUUUCGAUAAAGCGACGCACGUCGCAUACACGAAGGUUGAUGAUCUUGCUUCCGUUUGGUGCGAGUGGGCCGAAAUGGAGAUCCGGCACGACAAUUGCAAAGAGGCCUUGAAGCUUAUGCACAAGGCAACCACCAUGCCCUCACGCAAAGUUGCGUAUCACGACGAGACUGAGACCGUUCAAAUGAGAUUGUACAAGUCACUUAAAGUCUGGUCCAUGUACGCUGAUCUCGAGGAGAGCUUUGGUACAUUCAAGACAUGCAAGGCUGUGUAUGACAAGAUCAUAGAUCUCAAAAUUGCGACGCCGCAGAUCAUAAUAAACUAUGGUCUAUUUUUGGAGGAGAAUAACUAUUUCGAGGAAGCCUUCAGGGCCUACGAAAAGGGUAUUGCUCUGUUUAAGUGGCCAAAUGUAUAUGACAUAUGGAACACGUACCUCACCAAAUUCCUGAAAAGAUACGAGGGAACGAAAUUGGAAAGAACUCGCGAUCUGUUUGAACAAUGCUUGGAACAUUGCCCACCAAAGUAUGCGAAGGCCCUUUAUUUGCUGUACGCGAAACUGGAAGAGGAACAUGGCUUAGCAAGGCACGCGAUGUCCGUAUACGAGCGAGCGACUAGCGCUGUUUUACCAGAAGAAAGAUUUGAGAUGUUCAACAUAUACAUAAAGAAAGCCGCUGAUAUAUACGGAGUGCCAAAGACGCGGCAGAUCUAUGAGAAGGCGAUCGAAGUUCUGAAUGAAGAAAAUACGCGGGAGAUGUGUCUCCGGUUUGCAGAGAUGGAAACUAAGCUCGGUGAAGUCGAUCGAGCGAGGGCGAUUUACGCUCACUGCAGUCAAAUAUGCGAUCCCCGGGUAACGUCUAAUUUCUGGCAAGUUUGGAAAGAGUUUGAAGUCCGCCACGGCAAUGAGGACACGAUGCGGGAAAUGCUGCGAAUCAAGAGAAGCGUGCAAGCAAUGUACAACACCCAAGUAAACAUGAUGUCAGCACAGAUGCUUAACAGUGCGACAAAUCUCUCUAUCGAUGACAGUGCUGGCACCGGUGACGCUAUGCGACUUUUGGACAACAAGAUACCCUCAACCAGUACAGACGCUGCUGUGCAACCCGGAUUCAAAGAUAAUAUCAAAUUUGUACGAGGAGUAACUGAAGGAGCUGGAAGGUCCGAACGUCAAGUGAACAAUCCAGAUGAAAUAGACAUUGACAUGGACGACGACAGUGAAGAUGAGGAGAAAGAAAUUGAAGAGGAUGUACCGGUAGAGAAACAAGCCAUUCCAUCAAAAGUUUUUGGAAGCCUCAAGGCCACCAAAGAGGACGAGGACGACUAAAGAUUUUUCAAUACGACAUAUUUGUUGUCAUACGAGCAUUCACCACUAUGGUUUGAUUCGAAGUGGAAAAAAAACAAGUAAACUAUUGUACAUGUCGUUCAUCUGUUUGGCUCCGAGCAUUGCCUUGCACGUGGAGAAUUGAAAAUAAAAUUCUGAUUCGCGCCUGUA